AUGGAACUGAUCUUCAUCUUGCAACAGGAACAAGGCAGAGUAUGGACCGUCGGUGUCCUCCAAGGAGAAGCCCAACAGAACAGUCAUUCAGAGAUCGAAAAGCUAUUCUUCGAUUUCCUCAGUGGGUUCAGGAUCAAUGGGCAAUUCACCUACAGAGAUGCCUUGCGUUCCGCUCUGCUAUUACACCAUCACACGCUCGAAGUGGAUUUGAACGAUAUGAUAGCGUGGAAUAAUGAACUGGCGCAGAAGAUCCAGCAGAAUCCAGGUGAAAUGAUUCCUCUUUUGGAAUCCGCUUUACUGAGAUUGGCAAGACAACUCUUACAUCCCACUCACGACCAAACUCAGACACAAGGUCAAGGUCAAUCCAGUACGCCUGCGGUCGAUUCCAUCCCUGAUAUGCAAGUGACGAUUAGAAGUGGGAUGAACUUGCUACAGUUCAGAGAGCUAAAUGCAAAUACACUGACAACCCUCGUUCGACUCCCUGGUAUCGUCAUCAAUGCCUCGCAACUCUCCUCGAGGGCUACCGAAUUGCACUUACAAUGUAAAGGGUGUCGGUCGGUGAAGACCGUGAAAGUACCAAGUACUUUGGGUGGUGAGAGAGCUGCAUUGCCAAGACGAUGUGAUGCUCCCGCUCCACAAGGUCAACCUAAAGAUUGUCCCCUCGACCCCUAUGUCAUUCUUCACGAUCGAUGUAGGUUCGUAGAUCAACAGUCCAUUAAACUCCAAGAAGCACCAGAUAUGGUUCCAGUCGGUGAAUUACCAAGACAUAUGAUGUUACAUGCGGAGAGGUAUUUGACAGGUAGAGUUGUACCCGGUUCAAGAAUUAUCGCGACCGGUAUAUACUCGACUUUCGCCCCUUCAUCAAAGAAUGCCAAGACCUCCGGUGCACCUGCACUUCGACAACCAUAUUUGAGAGUAUUGGGCAUAGAGCUCGAUACUUCCCUAGCUUCAUCACCUGGAUCAAGGGUGUUCUCCCCGGAGGAGGAAGAGGAGUUCCAGCAAUUAGCUAGAAGUGAAGGAUUGUAUGAGCGUUUCGCCAACAGUGUAGCACCAAGUAUUUAUGGUAAUCUAGAUAUCAAGAAAGCCGUUACUUGUUUAUUGAUGGGUGGAAGUAAGAAGAUUUUACCUGAUGGAAUGAGGUUGAGAGGAGAUAUCAACGUUCUGUUACUGGGUGAUCCUGGUACUGCCAAAUCUCAACUACUGAAGUUUGUGGAGAAGGUAUCUCCCGUAUCGGUAUACACCUCUGGUAAAGGUUCCUCUGCGGCUGGUCUGACAGCUUCGGUACAGCGUGAUCCCGUAUCUCGAGAAUUCUACCUUGAAGGAGGAGCUAUGGUCCUAGCCGACGGAGGGGUAGUCUGUAUCGACGAGUUCGACAAAAUGAGGGAUGAAGAUCGAGUGGCAAUUCACGAAGCGAUGGAACAACAAACCAUCUCAAUUGCCAAAGCAGGUAUAACGACCAUUCUCAAUUCUCGUACCUCCGUAUUGGCAGCUGCCAAUCCCGUUUUCGGUCGAUAUGACGAUAUGAAGUCACCUGGUGAAAAUAUCGACUUCCAAACUACCAUCUUAUCCAGAUUCGAUAUGAUUUUCAUUGUUAAAGAUGAACAUAAUGAAUUGAGGGACAGAACAAUAGCGAAACAUGUUAUGAAUAUUCAUAUGAAUAGACAGAAUGAGAAUGAAGCUGUUGGAGAGAUCGAUAUUGAGAAGAUGAAGAGAUAUGUGUCAUACUGUAAAUCACGAUGUGCUCCAAGGUUGAGCAAUGAAGCUGCCGAGAUGCUGUCGUCGCACUUUGUUGGAUUAAGAAAGGAAGUCGCUCAGGUAGAGAGGGAUAACGAUGAGAGAAGUUCUAUUCCUAUAACAGUUCGACAACUCGAAGCAAUCAUUCGAAUAUCCGAAUCCCUAGCCAAAAUAACCUUAUCACCCCGAGUAUUACCUCAUCACGUUGAAGAAUCCAUUCGACUAUUCAAAUUCUCCACUAUGAAUGCGGUAUCGAUCGGAUCGGGUAUAGAAGGAUUAUCGAGGACCGAAUUGAAUGAUGAGAUUGAUAAGAUUGAGAAAGAACUGAAAAGAAGAUUACCAAUAGGUUGGACGACGUCUUAUCAAUCGCUCGUUAGAGAGUUUGUAAGUGGUCAAGGAUAUUCUCAACAUGCCUUGGAAAGAUGUUUGUAUGUCAUGGAGAAGAGGGAAACUAUAAAGUUUACAGGUAUGAAGAAGGUCGUGCAGAGGAUUGGUGUAUAG